UACGUCACCGCCAUCAGGCUUUUUUCACACGCAUGCUCGCUUUGACCUGAAAAAGCGGUAAAGGAGAGAUGCUUGAGGCGCGCCAGUCAGCACCACGAACCGCGGAUAGCGUGCGCGGCUGCAUCAAUGUGAACGUUGUUUUGAUAAACGUUACUUUAUUUCAGUUUGUAGUCAACAUUACUUAUUUUUUUAAGAGAGUUUGUGGUUUGCAGUGCACAUUUUCAACAAAUACUCUUAUUUAGCCUAUGCUUUAAUAGUUUUGUGACUUUGGAGCACCUGCGCCUUUUUCUUUGGACAUUUGAGACCUGCAGCUAUGAGACGUGGAUUAUUGAAGAUGCUUGACUCCAGUCGAUGAAACGAUGUGAUUUUCUUUACGCUAAUUCAUUGCGGAACUUGGGGCAUGAGGGUCCUGUGGCUAGACGCGAUUCUGUGACUCAGGUGUGAAAAAGCUUAGAAAAAAAUUAUUUAUCUCAUGCAUUACUCACGCAGACUAACAUGUUAUUACUAAUGCUAAGCAAAGAUGUUUUCUAAAGAGGCUAAUUUAAGUUAUAACGGGACCGAUGAGGAUCAAGAGUGGAGCGACACACCAGCUGAGCGUUUGUCACGGACGGGGCACAAUGUGGUCGCCGUCUUUUUGGGAUCUAUAAUGGUUUUCGGUAUCCUGAACAACUUUAUCGUUCUCGUUCUCUUUUGUAAAUUCAAAACUCUGCGAACUCCCGUGAACAUGCUUCUGCUCAACAUCAGUGUGAGUGACAUGCUCGUGUGUCUGUUCGGCACGACGCUGAGCUUCGCGGCCAGUGUCCGCGGCCGGUGGCUGGUGGGGAGACACGGGUGCAUGUGGUACGGCUUCGUCAACUCCUGCUUCGGUAUUGUAUCGUUGAUCUCUCUGGCGAUCCUUUCGUACGAUCGCUACAGUACUUUAACGGUUUACAACAAGGCGGCUCCAGAUUACAGUAAACCAUUGUUGGCUGUUGGAGGCUCCUGGCUCUACUCUCUAUUUUGGACAGUUCCUCCCCUGUUGGGAUGGAGUAGCUAUGGACUCGAAGGUGCAGGCACCAGCUGUUCGGUCACAUGGACAGCUAACACACCACAAUCGCGUUCCUAUAUCAUCUGUCUCUUCAUUUUCUGUUUGGGAAUCCCUGUGCUGGUCAUGGUGUACUGUUACAGUCGGCUCAUGUGUGCUGUCAAACAGGUUGGGCGCAUCAGGAAGACGGCAGCACGGCGGAGGGAGUACCACAUUUUAUUUAUGGUCAUCACCACAGUUGUGUGCUACCUCUUCUGUUGGAUGCCUUAUGGGGUAGUUGCUAUGAUGGCUACGUUUGGACGUCCUGGUAUCAUCACACCCAUCGCCAGCGUGGUGCCUUCUCUUCUUGCAAAAAGCAGCACAGUCAUCAACCCUCUCAUUUACAUUCUUAUGAACAAACAGUUUUACAAGUGUUUCCUCAUCCUGUUUCACUGCAAACAUGGCUUUCUAGAGAAUGGACAGACCUCUAUGCCUUCAAAAACUACUGUCAUCCAGCUCAACCGUAGGGUUUAUAGCAACACAGUGGCUGGCAACGCACCCUCCUCUGUUCGCCUCAACCAAAAUGAAUGCAGCAACUCUGUCUCAGACUGAACCAUUCCACCCGAAAUCACACCUUGAUGUUCCCGUGACGUCAUAAAGUAAUUUCCCAAAUUAUAAUGUGUAAAAAUCCAUCUGUGAACUGUAACAUUAUGUGAUGACUAACUGUAGCCUAAAUUGUGAUACACGUCUAGCCCAUUAUUAGUCAGUAUUUGCGUGAUCCUAGUUGUUCCUGAAUGUGUGCAACCUUGUUGAUAUAAGUGCAUAGUGCAAAAAGUCACUGGUAGCUUGUGAAUAUGGAUAUUUCAGGAUUAUGUGCAGGUGCAUGACGUGAACGUUUCUUGGUGUGCUUACAAACCAUUAAAGACUUAAGCCACGUUUGAAUGAUACUGUAAGUGUGCAUUAAAGAAAAAAACUGUUUUUAAGACAUUGUGCUCAAGAAUAGUAAAAUCCUGUUUUGUGUUUUCUUUCACCCUUGUUAUUAAUCUCCUCCCCUUGGCUGCUGGGAAUGAAGGAUGGUAAAGUGUAUCAUCAAUCACAUCACAAAUGUCUUGCUUCAAAGUAAUCUGAUGUCAAAGUGGUCCAGUGAUCCGGGACAGUACCUCUAAAAAUGGUUACCAAAGCUGUAAUGGGUUACAGCGUUAAGUGUAGUGCACAGUUGCUCAAAUAACCCCACUGAAAGACCUAAAUAAAGAUGGAUCAGGCUUCCCACACCUUAGUUAACUUCAAGGACCAUUCAAGGACUUUCCAGGUCCAAUACCCUCAAAUUCAAGGACUAAAUGUGGGGACACAUUUCAAGUGAGAGUAUGGUUACAUCGUGUUACCUUUAAAGAUACAUUGUUACAGUUCCCUUCGAGGGAACUCGCGCUGCGUCACUGCGGUGCCACUUUGAGGACGCCUCCAGGGGUAAGUGCGUCUGAAUGUGCAUAUCAAAUUCAACCAAUGGUGAGGCUUAACGACAAAGACAGGGUGACGCGGGAGCCAGGAAGUAUAUCGUUAUCUGAAAUAUUGCCAAAGACUGCAUAACAGAGACGCAAGAAUAUGGCAAUGGAGACGCAACGUCUCGUUCCCUUCUCAGGGAAAAACAGAAAAACCCGAGACGUUUUCAUGUGUCAAACACAACUAUGCAAAAAAAGCAUUUUGGUAUGAAUCAACAUUUGCAUACAGAAGAUAUAAGCAUUUAAAGCGACAGUUUAGCACGUGUGCUUAGAAAGUCUAACAUUUUUGAUAUUAUCCUACACCAGUGGUUCUCAAACUUUUUCAGCAUGCGGCCCCCUUUGUGUAUGGUGCAUUCCUUCGCGGCCUGCCCAAAGAAAAUUUAUGACAAAUUUGUUCUAAAACGUAACAUUUUAAUUAAACAAAACAUAUUAAAUUAUACAAAGUAGUGCUGUUGGUUAAUAGCCUUAUUUUUUUAGGUUUAAUUACACAGAAUUCAUGAUAAAUUAAUGUA